AUGGACAUCGUUGGUGAUAAUAAUGAUAAUUUCGUUAUUUCGGAAGAUGAACAACAGUUUCAUCAAUUUGUACGCCAAUAUAUUGUUUGCUUACUUUUAUUUACAGUGAUUUAUCUUAUUUCUUAUUCAAUUAUCAGAAUUUUAAAAGGAAGGAGUGAUAAUGAUGAACUUUAUUCGGGUAGCGAGGAUUUCUUCGUUUUCCGAAUAUCUUUAUGGGUGUGCACAUUUUCAUUAACAAUCUCAAUUGGCGCUGCAAUGUUAUUACCUUUUUCAAUCGUUUCAUCUGAGAUCAUAUAUGUCUAUCCGAAUAAUUAUUAUUUUCAAUGGUUAAAUUGGCAGUUAAUACAUUCUCUUUGGAAUUAUAUUUUUGCUUUAAGUAAUUUAUCGCUAUUCAUUCUUUUGCCUUUCGCAUAUUUUUUUAUUGAAUCACAGGGAUUCAGAGGACAUGGAAAGGGAAUUAUGACUCGUAUUUAUGAAACUAUUGCUGUUUGCAUUUUGCUUUUUAUUGUUCUAAUAUGUCUCGCAGAUAUUCUUCAUUCAAUUGUAAUUUCUAACGCAACUUGCCUAUCUCAGUCGUUAUUAAAUUUUACUUCAAUUAAUUUACCGUUUAUAUAUUCCUGUGUUUCUCUUUUUGGAGUAUUUACGUUGUUAAUUACGACCCCAAUUGGAUUUGCACAUAUGUUUACCAUAGUUUCUUCUCAUUUGUUGGCAAAAAGUAUUAAAAGAAAGGAGUCGUGGGAUGAAAAAGCUUGUCAUCUGGAAUAUAAUACAUUUAUACGCCGUAUCUUAAGAGAUCGUUGUACAGGUUCAGUUCCUCUCACUCCACCAGAAGCAUAUUUAAAAAGAAAAUCAUUAAGAGGAUAUCAAAAAAUUCUUCAAGCAGUCAAAUAUCCUCUUGCGAUAAUUAUUCUUAUUCUUUUAACGGGCCUCUCAUUGUUUAUGGUAAUUCUAAAUAUUUUCCAAAUGUUGUUUGGGUUUCGCGCUUUAUCGUAUCGUGAAAAUAAUUCGGGGCAUGUUUUUGGUAUAUUUGGAGCCUUAAUUGAAAUUAUUAUAAUAUGGUAUCUUAUGGUGGCUUCGCUUGUUGGAAUAUAUUCAGUGCCUUUACUGAGAAGGAUGCGUCCAAAAAAGAGGAAAACGUCGAUGACAUCUGUUAUUGCAAAUUGUACAGCAGUAUUGAUUCUCAGUUCAGCACUGCCAAUUCUUUCACGAACACUCGGAAUCACUUCUUUUGAUUUGCUUGGUGCUUAUGGCAAAUUCAAUUGGCUUUCAAAUUUUUCGCUUGUGUGGACGUAUAAUGUUAUUUUUGCUGUUGCAACAGUUCUAUGUCUAGUGAACCAUAUCACGGCCCCAGUCCGACAUGAAGUUUUCAAGAGAAUACGCGAUCUGUCGGUUGAUAGGGAAGGUGAUUUUAUUGCAGAAAAAGAAGGAUAA